GCAAGCGCUCGGUUGGAGAAGUUUUUCCAACAGACCUUCUGGCGAAACUUUGAGGCACUUGCCAAAAGAGGCGAAAAUAUUGACCGACGUUUUAUAGGUGAGAGCCUGGGUGGUGUUGGGCAGUCUCUAUAUAGUUCCCACCUGAAUGCCGUUUGUGGUCAAAACCAUGCUUUCGAUCCGAACAUCUGGUAUGACGAGCAAGAACUUCUGAGACAGAUAGAGCAAUUUGCAGGCUGGUUUAUUUUGACAGCACAGGAGGCAAGAGAAACUUCUCGACGCAUGCGUGAAGACCAUUACAAGAAAACAAUGAGUGCUGAUGGAAUGGCUGGCAGGCGGCCAUACGGGUACGUAACACGCAUGAUUGAUUGCGGAUGGAG